AUGGCCGCCCGACCCGCCAUGCCCUCCAAAACCUCCCUCCCCCCAACAUUCCACCACCCCCACCUCGAAUCCUCCAUAACCCCAUCAAGAGCCCUCGAAAGCGUCUCAGCCUUCCUCCGCAAGAGCGAGCGCCAACCAUACCUCCACCCAGACUGCACUCUCUCGCGCCGCGGAAUCACUUUCUCCGCCGAAUCAGGUCCAACCGGCGGGCCCGCAAUUUCCAUCCUGCGCCGCAUCGAAGCGGGGCUGAAAGGCGAAAGUCUCCCCAUUGAAGAUGUGGAAGAAGCCAACGCGGAACUCGCACAAGCGGACGACGCAGAAGCUGAAUUGCCCGCCGGCGACGACUCGCGUCUCGACGCACUGCUUUCACGCGCGUCGGGGAAGGGUACCAAGCGAAAGCGCAGCGAGAUCGAGCAGUGGGCGGAGACGUCUUCUAAUGCUGCCUUGCCGCUGGCGGGGGCGGAGGAGGAUGCGGAGGGGCAGCAGGUGCUGGAAUUGGAGUCGUUUGCGAACACGCCGAUGCAUGCGUCGGACUGGCAGGCUCAAGAGGAGUAUGAGCGGGAGCAACGGCCGUGGGAGGGCGAGGUGGGCGAGCGAGAAGGUGCGCCAGCUACGAAGCAGAAUGGACGGAUACCAGAGGUGGAAGUGAAGGAUGACAGUGGGGAGAGCGAGACGGAGAGUGAGGACGAGGUUGAAGAGUCUGGAGAAGAGCACGGGUGA